AGUGUGUCAGAACACAUUUCCCAUGAAUCAUAGCAGAGUGGAUUUCGAAGCAGCCUAUAAAGCCAUCAAGUCCAGACUUCUGCGCAAUGCAAGUCUUCAGUUAAAGCAUCCCUGACAGAUGGCUGCCUAAGUGGCUCUUGAAUGCCCCCAGUGUGGGAGAGCCCACAACCUCCCUAGGUAACUAGUUCCAUUGCUGUACUACUCAGGCAAGUCAGGAAGUUUUUCCUGAUGUCCAUCUGGAAUCUGGCUUCCUGUAACUUAAUUCCCUUAUUCCAUGUGUAGUAUUUUCUUUGCAGAUGCUACUUAUAAAACUUGAUCUGGAGAAACCUGGGCACCGUUACCUGUUGCAUUGUGAUAACAGCUGAGUGAACAUGCUUAGUUUCCUUGUUUACCGAAGUACAGAAGAGAAUGUGCAGUUCUUGGACCUUCUCAUUGACGUUCUCUUCCCAGGCAGGUGCUGGAAAAUGACAGAGCUGCAGAGCCUUGUCGAACGGUUGGAGAAAGCAGUGGGGCGCUUGGAGAUGGCGUCCCGUGGCCCUGGUGGAAUCAGUGGUUAUGGAGAUUGCUCUCCAAAAGGAGUAGCUGAAUAUGUGCAGGCUUUUGACUCUCUCUUGGCGGGACCAGUAGCUGAGUAUGUGAAGAUAAGCACGGAAAUUGGCAGUGAUGUCCAAAAACAUGCUGAGAUGGUCCAGGAAGGGCUGAUGACAGAGAGAGCUCUCCUCGUGAUGGCAUCGCAGUGUCAGCAACCCACAGCGAACAACUUCUCCUCCCUGCUGAAGCCGAUAUCAGAGCAGAUCCAAGUGGUCCAGAACUUCCGGGAGAAGAACCGUGGCAGCAAGCUCUUCAAUCACCUCUCGGCAGUUAGCGAGAGCAUCCCUGCACUAGGCUGGGUCGCUAUGGCCCCCAAACCAGGUCCUUACGUGAAAGAAAUGACAGAUGCCGCCACGUUUUAUAGCAACCGGGUCCUCAAGGAAUACAAAGAUGUAGAUAAGAAACAUGUGGAUUGGGUGAAAGCUUAUCUGAGUAUCUGGACGCAGCUGCAGGAGUACAUUAAGGAGUAUCAUACCACUGGGCUGACCUGGAGCAAAACGGGACCUCUACCGACUGAUAUGGAAAAUGGAUCUCGGGCUCCACCGCCUCGUGGUGGCCCCCCACCCCCUCCCCCUGGCCCCCCACCCCCUCCAAUUUCUGCCCCUUCAAGUUCUGGUUCAGCUGACCCUGCGUCCCGCUCAGCUCUUUUUGCUCAGAUCAACCAGGGGGAAGCCAUCACUUCUGGCCUGAAGCACGUGUCCGACGACAUGAAGACCCACAAGAACCCCUCACUGAAGAACCAAGGUGCAAUGCGGGCAGGACCCAAGCCCUUCACCGCGCCAAAGCCUGCCUGUGCUCUGAACCCCUCCCAAAAGCUUCCCCCAAAGAAAGACCCUCCUGUGCUGGAGCUUGAAGGGAAGAAAUGGAGAGUGGAGAACCAAGAGGACGCUUCCAAUCUGGUGAUCAGCGAGACAGAGCUGAAGCAGGUGGUCUACGUCUACAAGUGCAUGAACAGCACGCUCCACAUCAAGGGCAAGAUCAACUCCAUCACGCUGGAUAGCUGCAAGCAGCUGGGCCUGGUGUUUGACGACGUGGUCGGCAUUGUUGACAUCAUCAACAGCAGGAAUGUUAAGGUUCAGGUAAUGGGUAAAGUGCCAACCAUGUCCAUCAACAAGACUGAUGGUUGUCAUGUCUACCUGAGCAAGAGCUCCUUAGACUGUGAAAUCGUCAGUGCCAAGUCUUCGGAGAUGAACGUCCUUGUCCCCACGGGCAGCGGUGACUUUACCGAGUUUCCCAUCCCCGAACAGUUCAAGACGGUGUGGAACGGGAAGAAGUUAGUCACCACAGUGACGGAAAUAGCUGGAUAAACUCACCUGGCACGAGACGCCUCCCCUUGCCCCACUUGCUGUGGGACCAACGUGCUUCUUUGGGGAUGAUUUUUAGAUUUGCUGUACCUUUUCCCACUCUCAAUCUGCUUCUGUCUUCUCCCCGAGAGACUUGCCUGCCUGCCUUCACUGAAAAUACCUCAGGCUGGGAUUUGGGGCAGGGCGGCAGGAUCCUUCGCUUCUCUGUUGAUCAGCAGGAAGGUGUGGCGUUCUGGUGGGAGGCAACCCCAUCGUCAAUCAGCUUUUUCCCGGCCUUUCUGCGCUGACUGGAGCUGGUGCCUGUGCCUGGCUUCCAGGUGUUGUUCCCUAUCCUUUACGCAGGGAACACUCUCCCUCUUGGAAUAAAGCAAGUAUCAGGGUCUAGAGUCCCCAGUGAUGUGUGUGUGAACGUGUUCCCAGCAGGUGUGGUUUGGGGAAGUACAAGGGAUUCUGCUAAUCUAACCGGGGGUGCUGAAAGGUUCUGGGAAUGGCUUUGUUGGACCAAAGGCUGCAGACUGGGAUGUGUAGCAUUCCUCCUUCUCCCAAUUAUCCCCCCUCCCUUUGUGCUCUGUGUGAAAUUCUGUGUUGUGCCAUGAUGUUGGGCGGGGGGAUCUCUUGGUUACAGGUGCCACAAUACAACCACAGAACAGACCCCCCCUCACUUCGCAAGAAGCUAGAACACCGCUGCUCGCUCACUCCCACUCAAGCCUUCCUCUAAAGGGAAAGUUUAUACCCAAAGGGUCCUUUUUCUGAGCAACUGAACACUGUUCAGUCUUCCAGGGCAGUUUUUUUUCUUGGAAGCCAUCCCUCUUUUCGAGGGAGGGGUAGUUCACCAUUCCAAGACCAGUAUUUAAUUAUUUGUAAGCACAAGCUCAUCACGGUCGAUUCUGUCAUUCUUUCAUCAGAGUUUAUCUACACUGUAGAGGCAGGAAGACUUUCUUCCUCUGGCCAUUCCUUCGCCUUCACUCGGCUUCUUCCUGUCCACAGAAAGUCCGGUGUUUGCAACGUGCUGCAACGGUUGUGCCAAGGCAAGGUUCUGCACUGGCCCAAAGGGAGCUGUGGGUGCAUCCAGUAGUGUCUCAGCAUAUCUUAUUUCCCCCUUUGCCACAUGUGUUUUUCCACUAAAAUGAAACUCAACAGAAGAUAUGCAAUUUUUCUUUGGAGACUGUCCUGUGACUCUUGUCCUUCUCUUCUGAGGCUUGUGGAAAUAAACUUUCUUAUGUACUUAAAAGUAUACUGAAGAUAGAAUAAAGUUAAUGCCAAGUUGCUCAA